AUGUCCUCUUUUUGUUUAUGGAUUCUGAGAGAACCUGUAAUCGAGAAUCCGUACGAGACAGUUGCUGAGGGUGGUACGGUAAGACUGCGAUGCCAAGUCCCAGGUGUAGACGGUAACGAUCUACAUUGGCGACGACAAGACGGUGGACCACUUGGCUAUGGGGUCACCGAGGAGGCCGGUGUUUUAGUGAUCUCUCGUGCACAACCAUCGGAUUCGGGCGCCUACGUUUGCUCCGUGGAAACACCCGAUGGACAGCAGCUGGACUCGUCGCCCGCUUAUCUGACCGUGCAGCCUGGCGCUCGUACGUUUCCAGCCUUCACUAACCAUUAUUUCGUUCUUUUAACCACAUCAUCGUUGUUUGUUUGUUUUUUCUCGUCUGUCUCUAGACACCAACUACUCCAUACAGCUGAUGCUGCUGCUGCUAGCAGUCUCCGUAUCGAAGGCAGACUUAGUUAUCUUUGA